AUUUUCUAUAAAUCCCUCUACUCUACAUGCUCCUUGCCGUAUUCUCAAACCGAGCUCUGAUCUUCUCUCCGCAAAUUAAAUUCCUUUUACUUCCCCAACAAUGGCGACGUUGAAUUGGAGAGUUUCUGUUUUUCUCUUUCUAGUCUCUAUCUUGUUCUGCCCAUUAGUCAUUGCACAAGAAGUUGAGGACGAAAGUGAGUUUGAUUACAUAAGAGGAAGCAAGAAAGGGCCUUCAAAAUGGGGAGAGAUCAAGAGAGAAUGGGAGAGGUGCAAAAAUGGCGAAAUGCAAUCUCCCAUUGAUUUGUCCUCCACAAGAGUCAAAGCUAUCAAAACUUUGGGUCACCUCAACAACAAAUACAAACCCUCCAAUGCUAUUCUCAAGAAUCGUGGCCAUGAUAUUUCGAUUAAGUGGGAGGGAAAUGCAGGAUCAAUCAAGAUUAAUGACACAAAUUAUCUUCUUCAACAAAUCCAUUGGCACUCUCCUUCUGAACAUACUCUUAACGGGAGGAGGUACGAUUUAGAGCUUCAUUUAGUUCACCAAAGUUCACAUACAGAUGUCAAAUAUCCCAUCGCCGUUGUUGGCAUCUUCUACAAGAUGGGUCGUCCCGACCCUUUUCUCUCCAAGCUGAGUAGGAAAAUAAAGGCAUUGGGUGAAGAAAAGGAGAAAAAAUUGGGAAGAAUAGAUCCUAGAAUGAUAAAAAUGGGUAGCAUCAAGUAUUAUAGAUACAUGGGCUCUCUCACUGUUCCUCCUUGCACUGAAGGUGUCAUUUGGAACAUUAACCAAAAGAUAGGAACAGUCUCACGGGAACAGGUGAAGCUACUGAGAUCGGCUGUUCACGAUUCUGCAGAGAAGAAUGCAAGACCAAUCCAACCACGUAAUGGACGACAAGUCGACCUCUACGACCCAAACCCAACACACACACCCAAUUGAAAUUGAUAAUUAAAUUAUUUCCUUCAUUUAUUUAUCUUGUAUUUUGUAACAUCUCAUUUUUGGUCCU